GGGAUUCAUAGAAGAUAACAAUCUUCACAACAGAUUAACACCCGAACAGUUCAGGUCCUUCAUAAAGCGAUUUUCGGAAAAUAUUAAAGCGGAAUUGAAACAGGGAAAGGACCAAUUUAAAAAGUAACACCGUGCAAAAUGUUUAGCAGGCUGAAAACGUUAGUUUGGAUUACUCCGCAGGAAUUUUGUUGGAGAGUUCUCGUUUCAUUUUUGCCACCUGUAUCAGUUAGAUUCAAUAAAGUUUAUGUCGAUUUUGUUGGACCUUGUUUUGCAAUAGUUAUGUUAACGUUAGUUUUGAAUUAUGGUAAUUUACAACACAAAUUUGUACAUUUGUUAGCACCAAUCCAAAGUGUUUUUCUAUAUGUUUUAGUUGCUCCAGUUAUUUGUUAUAUUUUAAACGGGUUAGGACGGUCCAAACUAACUUUCUUAGAAUUGUUCUGUAUAGUAACGUAUGCGCUUUAUGGGCACAUUGUGACCUUAGUGAUAUCUUUUGUUUUUUAUUUGGAGGAGAGUAAUUUGUUUUUCUUCUCUUGCAUGGUGGUGUUUGCAGGACUGAGUGCUCUGCGAUUAGUUUUCUUACAAAUGCAAUCGAUUCCCCUACCUGGCGCUCGCCUAAUUGUUUGCAGUUUUUCCUCAAUUGUUCAUGUUUUAUUUUUAAUAUUCCUUCAUUUUACUUAUAUGCAUCCGAGUUUUAAGUAUGGUAGAAAAGCCAGGAGUUGAUACAUAUAUUUAAUUAGUAAUUUGGCGAACUGAGAUAUGUAGAUGUAAUUGAAGUGAUGAAUAAAUAGAAGACUUUCUCAUUUA